AUGGCGCCCCCCAGCGCCCCCCCCCUCCCGCUGCUGCUGCUGCUGCUGCUGCUGGCCCCACAGCGGAGCCACGGCUGCGACCGGACCCACGGCAGAGAGGACUCAGGCUGCGGCCGCCCUGUGGCGCCCCCUGGCGGCCCGGAGGUUCGCAACGUGGGGGGCGAGGACGCGGCGCCGGGGGCGUGGCCUUGGACGGGGGCGUUGCUUCGCCGGGGGGGUCACGUGUGCGGCGCCUCCCUCGUGACCCCCGAGUGGGUGCUGACGGCGGCGCAUUGCUUCCAGGAGAGCCGUGACCCCCGCCUCUACUCCGUCCUCCUGGGCUCCCAUUGGCUGCCGCCCCGGCCCGGCCCCUCCCAGGGGCUGCUGGUGCCCGUGGCCCAGGUGCUGCCGCACCCCCGGUACCGGGGGGAGGCCACGAGCGGGGACCUGGCUCUGGCGCGCUUGGCCCGGGCCGUGCCCCUGGGGCCCCGCCUGCUCCCCGUGUGCCUGCCCCCCCCCGGCGCCGCCUUCCCCCCCCCCGGGGCCCGCUGCGUGGCCACUGGCUGGGGGGAGGCGGGGGAAGGAGCUGCCCCCCGGCGCCUGCAGGAGCUGGAGGUGCCGGUGCUGGCGCUGAGCACGUGCAGGCGCCUCUACGGCUCGAUGGGCCGGUCCUUGCCGCUGGCUCCUCCGCGCCGCAUGGGUGACUCCGGGGGUCCCCUUUCCUGCCGUACCGGGGGGGGUCGCUGGGCCCUGGCGGGGGUCGUGAGUUGGGGGCAGGGCUGCGGCGUCCCCAACCGCCCCGGCGUCUACACCCGCGUCAGCGCUUACGUCACCUGGAUCCGCCCCCUCAUCGGACACGCCCCCUCCGCCGACGCGGCCAAUGGGAGCGCUCGCAGCGCGGGAGGGGCCGCUGGCGUCAUCGGCCUUAAAGGGGUAAUAGGGGCUAAAUGGGGCUAUUGA